AUGACUCAUUCAAACAACAACGAUAUCGUUGCAAGGCGGGAUAUUUUUGACGAGGAAUCAGUUUCUGUAUCAGUGCGGCAGGAACCAGUCAUGACUGUGAUAGUGAUUGUGCGUAAAACUCUAACCGUGGUUGUGAUAAAGGAUUCGGACAUCCUGUCCAAGUACUCGCCUGGUCAGAUACGAGAACUGCGGGAAGCGUUCAAGUUGUUUGACAAAGAUGGCGACGGAUCUAUUACCGCGGAGGAGCUUGGGACGGUCAUGCGCAAUCUUGGUCAAUUUCCGUCCACCGACGAACUGUACAUGAUGUUGAAAGAGAUCGACAUAGACGGAGAUGGGACGUUCAGUUUCGAAGAGUUUGUUCAGGUCAUGGCUAACAUGGGUGGACUGAGUGAACAGUCAGAGGAAGACGAGGAAAAGGAACUCAGACAAGCUUUCACUGUUUUUGACAAGACCGGCUGCGGUUACAUUUGUGCGUCCGACAUCCGGGCAAUACUGCAGUGCCUGGGGGAAGAUUUGACCGAGGAAGAAAUUGACGAAAUGAUUGCGGAAGUUGAUAUAGACGGUGAUGGAAGGAUUGAUUAUGACGAGUUCAUAGCCUGUGUUUGUUCAGACACCAGUGCGGACAAGGAAGAGGGGAAGGUAGAGUCACCACGGCCAAGCCCCAAAGUUAGUCAGUCAGAACCGGACAACCCCCGGGCGCAGUCCCAGGGCGUGGUCGAAAGGAACGCCGAUCCUAGUACAUCAAAGGUGCAGGACGGGCCAGAGUAGACCAGCGAAAAAAGUGGAAAAAUACUUCUAUCCAAAGUUUUGUCUUCUUGUGACAUUCUCACCUUAUUUGCAAGCUAUGUUGCAAACUACCUUCUACGAUCUGCGAGUCCUGUGUUAAAUGUACAAAACAGUAAUUUUCAGUGUGAAAUUAAGUUUGUUUUGAUAAUUUAUUUUGUGAUGGCGUUCUGAUGUUUUUAUAAACACUGUAAUACAGCCAAACCCGUGUAUAGCAAACCCAUCUUGGGAGAGAGAAGUGUGGUCGUUGUAUGGAGGUUAUUGAUUUAGAGAGCUUAAUAUACAAGAAUGCCAUAUAAUGGGAAAGAAAAUUUCUGACUUUUUAUGAGUUAUAUGAAGAUGUUGUUAAUAUUAUGACAGAGUAUAUAUUUAGGAAUUAAUCAUUUUCUAAAAUUAUCGCUUACAACAUUUAUAAGUU